AUCCAAUCAUACAACUGUCUUCAGCGCAAUCAAGAAGGACAUUCAAUCACUCGGUUGCCUACCAACUCAUUCUAUCAUUAUAUAGGCACUGGCACAUCUUAUCCAGAUACAACUUCAUGAAAUCAUAGCCAAUGUCAUCGAAUGAAGAUCCAGGUUCGCCAGGUGAAGGCCGAAGAUCCGGAGACAAUGGCCAGCCAAACGGUCUUUUCGAUAUCACACAAAUCAUUGGCGCCGCUCUAGGAACUUCAAUGGCAGGUCCUAGUGGCGUCAGAAUGGCUAGCUCAUCUCAUUCACAUGUCCCGAUCGUUGCCAUUUCAACGGGUCCAGGUGUUGGACCCGGUUUACCGCAUACAGCUGCAAUGGAUUUUGAAGGAGGUUUACCCAUGCUAUCUUCAGGUUCCGCUGCAAUGGAAUCAGAUGAUGCUGCAGGGCAACUACACAGAGUUAUUCAACGUGCUGAGAAUGAACCAGCAAGCAGAGAAGUCAACGGAAAGGACUCGAAAAACGGUAAAGAGAAGAAUGCCGAAGACGAAGCAAGAUUAGCACAGAUAUAUGAAAGCUUUGAAUUCGAGCCUAUUUGGGAUCGAUUGAGUCAGGUAUUGACUAGGCUAGAGGGUGAUCCUAAUGCCGCUCAAGUACUUUUGCCGUUGAUUGAAAGUCUAAUGGUUCUCUCAAAACAUGCUGCAACGGCCGAGGAUCUAGCAUUUCAAGGCUCUUCUUCCAAUCGAGGUUCGGUAUCGCCCGUUAUUGAGAGGCCGACGGCAUUUAAGACAAAGCGGGAAUUAAUGCACGACCAAUUUUUCACAUUCACAGAGAGACAUCGAAAGAUUCUCAAUCUGAUGGUUCGUCAAAAUCCUUCUUUGAUGUCAGGAAGCUUCAGUCUUUUAGUGCAUAAUCCUAAAGUGCUCGACUUUGAUAAUAAACGCAACUACUUCACUCAGCAGCUACACAAAGGAAGGAAAGAGCAUUAUACGCCAUUACAGAUUUCCGUUCGCCGCCAGCACGUUUUCUCGGACAGUUUCAGGUGUUUGCAAGGGCAUACCGGUCCAGAGAUCAAGCAUGGUAAAUUGAACGUUCGAUUCUAUAACGAAGAGGGAAUAGAUGCGGGAGGUGUAACGCGAGAAUGGUACUCGAUCUUAGCAAGAGCAAUGUUCAAUCCCGAUUACGCUUUGUUCGCUCCGUGUGCUGCUGAUCGGACAACAUAUCAGCCAAAUCGAUCAAGUGCAAUUAAUCCUGAUCAUCUUGCUUUCUUCAAAUUCGUUGGAAGGGUGAUUGGAAAAGCAAUCUACGAUGGACGACUACUAGAUGCCUAUUUCACAAGAUCCUUCUAUAAGCAUAUCUUGGGAAAGGCAGUAGAUUAUCGGGAUUUGGAAGCGAUUGAUCCUGAAUACUUUAAGAGUCUGCAAUGGAUGUUGGAGAACGACAUCGAGGAUGUCUUGGAUCUGACAUUCACUGUUGAUAAUGAAGAGUUUGGAGAAACUACAGUGGUAGAAUUGAAGCCUGAUGGUACAAACAUUCCAGUGACAGACAAGAAUAAACAAGAAUAUGUUCGUUUGGUCACUGAGCAAAGGCUAACGCUUUCCAUUCAAAAGCAAAUCGAAGCCUUUUUGAACGGAUUUCAUGACGUCAUCCCUAAGGACCUUGUUCGAAUCUUUAGUGAACAAGAAUUGGAAUUGCUCAUUUCUGGUUUGCCGGAUAUCGAUGUGGUUGCUUGGAAGAACAAUACCGAAUUACAUGGAUAUAGCACAAGUGAUCCUGUUGUUCAAUGGUUCUGGAGAGCUGUUCGUUCGUUCGACCAAACAGACAAGGCCAAGUUGUUGCAAUUCAUUACCGGUACAAGUAAGGUGCCUUUGGAAGGUUUCGCGCAUUUACAAGGAGUGCAAGGAACGCAAAGGUUCAACAUUCAUAAAGCAUAUGGUGCUGAUCGUUUGCCGGCCGCACACACAUGUUUCAAUCAAUUGGACUUACCCCAAUAUGAUUCUUAUGAGAAGCUGAGGUCGCAAUUGCUCUUGGCAAUGAACGAAGGAGGAGAAGGAUUCGGAUUUGCCUGAUUCUAUUGAGACGACGCACUUCAAAUUUACCAAAGACGAUCGACUGUAUUACUCACUUCGGGUUUUUUUGUACACAUUCAUCAUUCUUUCUCGCUCCCUACACAUCCACACUUGUACACUCAAAACAAUCCUACGCAUUGGCCAUUAAUCUAUACAUUAGAGACUUUUCUAGAUUGUGUGUGUUGCCCUUACCGGAGGCGAUCUUGUAAGCUCCC